AUGUAUGCAGGUAAUAUCAUUGUCGAUUUAGAGAAACCUACGAUUUUGGAAUUACUAAAUACGUUGAAAUCGGCAGAAAAAUUAGAUAAAUUACCACAAAAUAUUGAAAACAAUCAUGUUUAUCGACUGUGUUUAAUCGAGAAAUGCAAAGAUGAUUACAAAGCAGAUGGAUUCUUAUGGAAAAAUAUUGGCUGGACAUUUUACUCAAAAGCAGGCCAAGAAUUUCGUAAAAGUUAUUUCAAAUGUUCUACAUCUAUCAAAGAAAACGAAAAUAAAUUUAAAAAGCACGUCUAUAUUUCAACAGCAAAUAAUUUGGAUAUUAUAGUUAUCUAUCUUGGUAACAAAGAGUAUGCCGAAUUACGUCCACAUGGCAACGUCAAAAAAUCAAAAAUUGCUGCACCAUUUCGACGAACAUUACCAUCUACGUUAUCAGAGAUAAGAGAAACCGUACAGCACAAUACCGAUGCGAAAGUUUACAAACUCAUCGUCGCAACAUCUGAAACUGAAACAAGUCGUCCAAGAAAUAUUAAACAAGUAAACAACCUACGUCAAGGUUUUCUUAGUAAACAUCGUCCAACAAAUGAUGAGUUAUUGAACGUUAUACUUAUGUCAUACGAAAUCAAUGAUUAUAUUAGAUUAGCUUCCUUUCCAAAUCUGACGGUUGUUUUGAUCCAUAAAGAAGCUGAAGAAACAUUCCAAUAUUUAUUAGAUACAACCGAUGAAUAUAUACAAUUAUAUUAUGACACAACGUUCAAAAUCGGGUCCUCCUAUUUUUUCCUUCCACACUAUGAUCCUGAAGUAAACAACAAAUACAAUCCACUAAUUCAUGAUACAGAAGAAUUAGUUCUGUCUGAAAAAAUGCAACGAGCACGCAAUCAUCAUUUAAAUACACAUUUGAAUAGCUUGACUGAAAUUUUAGCCAGUGAAACACAAAAUGAAUUUGAAGCAGCUCUGGAAAAAACCAAGCCAACUUGGACACCAUCGUUUCGAACAUAUUUUGAAAAUAAUCAUUUAGAACAAGUUGAUCAAUUGGUUACAAAUUCGCCACCAACUUCAAAUGCUGCUGAAAGCAUUAAUGUAGCAGUGAAAAAAUGGUUAGAUUAUAAAGAAACUACUUCAACGAAUCUUUAUGCCAGCGAUGCAUCUGCCAUUGAAAACAACGAAGAAACGAAUGAAAAUUUGAAUACAACAACGACAACAACCUCAUCACCGGCUUCAAUAUUCGAGAAACAAUCAAACAACACUGUCAUAAGACAAAGCAUAACCGUCGAAGAAAAAGCAAAAAUGAUUAUUGAUCAAAAAUUAAUUACAUUUGAUGCAGACAGUAAAGUAUUUAAUAUACGGUCGAUGGAUCGAAGAAAUUGCUAUUGUGUGCAUUUCCACGAUCCCACAUUUUUACUCAAGUGCAGUUGCGGUAAUCGAUUGCAAAACUGCUCUCAUGUCUCGGCAGUCAAAAUCUAUUUCGGAAUGCAUUUAUCAGAUCGUGAUCGACAAAUAAAUUUAGGUGAAGCACGAAAACGAAAACGCCUGCAAGAUAAAGAAGGAGGAAGCGGUACCAAGUGUCCAAAUACGGCUGAUCGUGCUGCCGCAAAACAAUAUAAAGCGGAAGUAACUAAACGACAGAAAACUACAUCGACACAGCCUACUACGACUCAAAUUUCUCCAUAUUUUCCUGCUGCGUCAACCACAUCGACUAAUUUGAAUACAAUAACAGCAACAUUUAAUGCUCAAAAGCGUACACCGUUUCAAAAUUUAGUCAAUAUUGUACCUACUCAGAAUUCGACAUCCAUAAUUUCUCCACAUGAUCUGAUUGAUCACGUAAUUGAUUAUGUUACAAAACCACCGCACAGUUGGCCUCCAAUUCACGGAACGUCGCCCAACCAGAUACAUCAAACACGUUUAUUAAAAUUUUACAAUGAAUGUAAACAAAAUAAUGAUCUUAGUGUUUAUCGUCCAAAAUCUGGAAAUUAUGUAUAUCGUGUUCAAAAGAGUACUAAAAUCGGUCAAUAUAUUCUGGUAGUUGAACAAAAUGUGAAACAAUUACCAGGAGAUGAAAAGAAAACAACCGCACCAGAUAAAAGAGUUCAAAAUGGACGUCCACCGUCGAAUAAUUCAUUCAAUGAAUAUUACAAAAAGAACUUCUUUAUUGUCAGAGAGAAAGUCGAUCCGGUUCUUGACUAUAUAUUUAAAUUAGUUGAAUUUGAACAUUAUGAAGAUAGUUCAUCGGAUAAUGAUGAAGAAAACGAUGAUAAUCGAAAAAAGAACAAAGCUACAACAGCCGUUACGACACCGAAACCAGUUCCAACUUCUCGUGCUUCAACUAUUCCAACUCCAAAACAAGUUCUGAAACCAUCAGCUAAAGUUAAUUCUCAAUCAAAACGUCAAGCGGCUGAUGGUGAUGAUCAAAGUACAAGUGUCAAAAAGACGAAGAAAGAUGAAACUAGUAAACCAAGUACGUCGAGGAUUUCUGGAAAACAACAACGUGGUGCUACUGCUGCUAGUAGAACGAUUUCUCCACCCUCAAAUUCACCACAAACAACAUUUCAACGUACACUACGACCAAGAAAAAAAUGA